UGAUCUCAACAUAACGCUAGAAACGACUGGGCACUGGAUAAACGUCGCCGAUAUUCGAAUAUCCGACAAAAUUCCCUUCAACUUAACAAUCUCUGUACCUGUUGGAACGUUCAACAUGACUUCAGUAGUAUUCACAAGUGACGUUAUAUCCAUCUGUUCAAUGAGCGUUACCAGUGUCGGUGCAAGCUUUGUUGGAGUUCAACCCAGCGAUUUCUCAACAACCUUUAAAAAGAACGCUACAACUAUGAGUCAGCAGCCAUAUGACAAAUUGUAUGCGCGUAUUGACUUUGGAUUGAUUGAAAAUGGUGGCAGUGAAAACGAAAUUGUCAUCCAAUUUGAAGCCAUUGUUGUGAACUCGUCACAAUUUAUCGACGCUUCAACGUAUGACGUCACAGCAAAUGUAACUAUUGAUUCAUACACAGCAACGGCCGUUGUUUCAUUUACUGGCGUUGUACAAGAUUUGUGGUCCAUUACGCCACCUCUUGCAAAUAUAAGCAGCCCUGGUCCUGUUGUCAUUGGUGACAUUGCAAACUGGACAGUUACGCUGGACCUCCAAGACGCCGUGAACAAGGUAGAGGUGCAGGCUUGGGUGAAUGGUACUUACGAAUAUCCCGCAUGCAACAUGGUCAUGGGGAAUAUAGGUCCAGCAUAUGCUUGCAUUGAUGAGACAGUAGGGGAUACGACGAAAUCCAACGGAAGCAUCUUCUUUGAAAUUCCAACGUUGAUCAAUACAGAGUUUAACGAGAAUGUGACAGUGGCCAACGGAACUUUACUUGAAGUUAUUGUCACUGCACGCGUGCCAUCUCACGUCUCACCGAUUGAUGAUUUGUUUCUAAAUAUAGAAAUCUAUCUAGAUGACAAGCUAGUUUUUCUCCUCUCAGAAAUAAUGGACACUUGGAUAUCCAGCUUACCAGCCCCGGCUGGAACUCCAAGCAUUUUAAUUAAUGCUAUGAACAGUGUCACGACGCUAGUACCGGGAUCAGCCCUUGUGUUUAUUGUUGAUGUUGUAACUCCGCCUGAUUCGGUUACGUUCUAUAAUAUGACGAUAACAACUGACCCUAACAUGGCCACAAUAUGUGACGUUCAGAUGAUGAAGAUAGGUGACAACUUGUGCAUGGAUGACUUUGUAGCGUCUUCAUACACAUCUACCACAAGUAACGCUUACUUUGACCAAGUAAACGUAGAAAUUGGAAGCGUACCGAAUCUGAAUAGAAGCGCUGAGGUGUCUAGCGAGGAAAAUAAUGUCCAGUUUGAAGUUGCUGUUUGCGUACCCGACUAUGCAUCUGUUAACGUGGAUGACGUAUUGACGUUAACAGUUGACGUCUACUAUGGUCCAUCAAACGCAAAAGUGACAGAUUCGUUGCAAUACACAAUAGCAUCUACUCUUAAUCCAUCCUUGGCAACAGGAAAUAUUUCUUUUUCAAACUCUUCUACCGUAUUCGGAUUCAUAGGACAAAGGGUUGACGUAAAUGUGACAGCGGUUUUCGAACAGACCACUGACUCAUUUACUAUAAACAUAACUUCUCCAGUCUUAAAUAACAACACUUUAGUUUAUUUAGAAUCAGCAUUAAUCAGUCGAGUUGGAGAAAUGUUAUAUUGUUUGGAGAAUAGAACUUUGACUUUGCUGUCAAACGAAACCGUUUCCUUUUCACAGAUAAACUCUCUUGUUUAUGAGGUUGGACCAGUAACACAUACAGGCAUGACAGAGAGGAACCCAUUUGUAAACGAUAAUUCUACUGGAGAGAAUGAAAUUACAUUUACAAUAUCUGUUUUGGUUGCUGACAAUGUUGCAAAUGUACAAGGCUCUAUAAUACCAAUUAACUUGAAGCUUGAAGGAGUGUCUGGAAAUGUUGCUUAUGGUACAGCCAAUAUUGAAGUGCAAAUAACAGGUGUUGAAACUCCAAUUUUAAUUUCCCAGUUUACAAUGGUGGACUAUAUGAAUAAAACCUCAGGGGACAAUGUGACCUGUCACGUCACUCUAUAUCUGGAUGAAAAUUCAACGGCCCAUGCGCAAGAUGUACAAGUCCAUGUGUAUACGCCCUAUUACAUUGGUUUCGGCAAUUUAUUUGAUGUGGAAGAUGCUGUUGUUACUCACAUAUCAAAUUUGCCGGAUCCAGGAAUGAAAUUUUCGAUUGGGGAAAUAGAUUUCCAAGAUUUUGUGACAUUCUCUUUCACACUCGUUCUGGAUCCGGCGAGACAAAUGCCAAUGGGACUAGAUUAUGUUGAAACAGUCAUACCAGCUGAUGUGACAAGUAGAGGGGCCAUACGGGGGGACAGAGCCGACACUGGUAUCGUGCCCUCUCAACUUUUUGUAUCCGAGUUUGGCUUUAGUACAGAAACUCCUGGAUCUAUUGGAAUGGAAAAUGGAAUUAUUCAAGAUUGUCAGAUAUCGGCAUCUUCAUACCUCGACACAAAUAGGCCGGAGGAGGCGAGACUGAACGUUGGGUCUGGAUGGAAACCAUACGUGAGAGGAAGUCCAUUUUGUGAUAAAGAAUAUUUGCAGAUAAACGUCGGAACGCCAGCAUAUAUAACUGGAUUGCAGGUCCAGUCGACAACAGAUAACUAUCAAGAUAUCAUUACGUCUUUCAGCUUACAAUAUAGUGAUGAUCGCAUAACAUGGUAUGACGUAACAGAGGAUGACGGUGUUUCUCAGAAAGUGUUUGUUGUCAGUGUCACAUCUGGAGGUUCUGUUAGCGACAUAUAUGACUUUGAACUAACUGAAAACGAACGCUUCAAUGCUCAAUAUAUCAAGCUCUUAUCAUGGUCAUGUUUAGUUGGUAUACGCUUGGAACUUAAAGGACUCAAACAAACAGGAUCAGCUGUUGAUUGUUCAACGUUAGCAGACGGUGUCCCGCUUGUAGCAGAACAAAGCUAUAUUAUGGACGUGGCUACAGGAAAUAUGUUUGUGUGUGGCCUUGAGGCCGUUGACGGAAAUGUUGUAUGCUCGGCUUCCGAUGACAAAGGGAUAACGUGGCGAGGUAUCAUAUCUACAUAACUUAGAUCAUAGCUGGUGUACUUUCACCAUUUGCUUGCUGUAGUUCCUUUUAUUUCUUUAAAUUAUCCAUAGAUUAACUUCUUUUUUACCUUCUGAUUACUAGAAAUUUUUUCGCAACGUAACGUAUCCGACGGGGAAACAUGGACUUUCCAUGCAUUA